AUGGACGGCGCCCGAGUCCUGAUCGCCGCCGGUGCCACCGCCGUCUGCUGCCUCGCCUGCGCCUUCUGGGUCUUCCACUCCUCUUCCUCCUCCUCCCCCGCAUCCUUAAAGAAGCACCGAUCCCGUCCCGCCAACUGCUGCGGCUGCGCCUCCUGCGGCUGCCGCGACGCCAAGUCCGCCAACGGCGACAUGGCUGUGGGCGGGGAGAACAAGAAGAAGGCGUCGGAGCCGGCUCCACCGGAGGCGCCCUCCAUGAUGGAGCAGCUCGUGCCCGAGAUCACCACCCACGCGCUCAGCUACCUCGACUACACCAGCCUCUGCCGUCUCUCCAUGACCAACUCCGCCAUGCGCCGCGCGGCCAACGACGACGGCGCCUGGAAGGCACUGUACCACAAGGAUUUUACGGUGGAGCAGGGUACUAUAAAUCCUCCUAAUGGAUGGAAGGCAUACUAUGCAGCUACAAAAGCCAUCAUUAACCUUAAUGCAGAGUUCUACAAUAUCAUCAGGGAAGGGUCCUUGCCAGCAAUGAGCCGUUUUUGGCUUAAUGCAGACUAUGUCAAGUGUAUUCAUGCAACUGGGGAGUUCUGCACUGGAUACAAUGCAGUGAUGGAGAGCUGGGGCCUACUAUUCAACUGGGGCCAAGAUGGAGGGCAGGGCAUUGCCUUCCAGAUAAGGGAUGUCCGUGUCCGUGUGCUCGGUGAGGUGGCAUGGGUCAACAUGAAGGCGAAUGUUGACAUUAACCCUGUGCUGUUCCAUGUGACCAACGUGUACGAGCUCUGGAACGGCAGGUGGUAUAUGGUCCAUCACCACAGCUCGCUCAUGGCUGACCCUGCUCCGCAUAAUAUGUUUGGUUGA